AUAGUUUUGCUUUCGAACGAAACUCAACCGUCACUUGAUAAAGAUUAGGAUAGCAAGUCGAUCAAUAACAGAGUUUCUGUCCAAAUUCAUAAAAACAUUACUACUUCUGAAGGGGCGUUGGAUUUGUAUUGAGCGAGAUAUCACAAAGGAACUAUGGCUGAUCCUUGGGUAAUUCAGCCACACGAGCAUGUCAAGUUUGCCGAGCACUUCCGGAACCUUGGACCUGUGAACGGUACGCUCACAGGAGAACAGGCCAAGAGAUUCAUGUUACAGUCUCAACUCCCGCCACCAAUUCUUGGACAAAUAUGGUCUCUAGCCGACACCAAUGCCGAUGGCAAGUUGGAUCUCAAAGAAUUCUCUAUAGCUUGCAAGAUAAUCAAUUUGAAACUCCACGGAGUGGAAAUACCGAAGGCUCUGCCACCAUCACUACUGGCCUCACUAAGCCCCACUGGUGGUAAACAACAGUUCCCCCCACCGAAACCACCAAUUCCACCAAUGCCCAAUCUUUCUCAAACAUCUCAACCACUUAUUAGCAACCUGCCGCCUUCCCAACCACUUAUAAACAAUCUACCACCUUCUCAACCACUUAUAAGCAAUCUACCACCUUCUCAACCACUUAUAAGCAAUCUACCACCUUCUCAACCACUUAUAAGCAAUCUACCACCUUCCCAACCACUUAUGAGCAACUUGCCACCUUCCCAGCCACUUAUAAGCGGCUUACCACCUUCCCAACCACUUAUAAGCAACUUACCACCUUCCCAACCACUUAUAAGCAAUAUACCACCUUCCCAACCACUUAUAAGCAAUCUGCCACCUUCUCAACCACUUAUAAGCAACCUGCCACCUUCCCAACCACUUAUUCCUAACCUACCACAAUCACAACCAAUUAUGAGCAACCUCCCAGCGUCGCAACCCUUAAUAAGUAGCCUACCAUCUAACCAGCUGAUCGGUGAUUUGGCAAAACCGAAUGUACCCGAUCUAAUUUCCGGUGUUAAACCGAUGGGUCAGCCACUAACUGGUUUGAACCAGCCAAUGACCCAAAACUCACCGCUGAUCAACCAAACCAACAAACCAUUAACUGGGAUCCCACCACCCAUACCUCCACAACCAUCCCAAGCAUUGAUUGGGAGCAACCAAUCGAUUAUUGGAAAUUCCCAACCAAUUAUAACCUCCCAGCCAUUAAUUGGUAACAACCAAUCCAUGAUCUCAUCCCAAGCUCCAACAACCCAGGCGGAUUUGGUGGGCUUGAGCCAACCUUUAGCUGGACAGCCGCCAUUGGUUGGGCCAACUCCACUGGUCCCGAGCUCCCAACCCAGCAUCCCUAGUGGCGCUACAGUUGGCUCCAACCUUGGCCCAACUAGUCCUCCGAAAGCUGUGACCAGCAUGGCGCCGAUGCAACCAGUGACUUCAACGCCUAUUAUCGCUAAAAGCGAUUCUUUUUCCAAGCCCAGUUCUCUAGUGACAAGUCCCACUGAAGCGUUGGGAGUCGUGAGCCCACCACCCGUAGAAUGGGGUAUACCACAAGCACAGAGACUCAAGUACACUCAACUGUUCAAUGUAACUGAUCGCGCGAAGACCGGUUCUGUGUCCGGCGCUCAGGCUAGAGCUGUGAUGCUGCAGUCUAGACUUCCUCAGUUAACGUUGGCACAAAUUUGGGCAUUGGCUGACCUUGACUCUGACGGCAAGCUUGGCUGUGAGGAGUUCGUGCUAGCCAUGUAUCUGUGUGAGCGGGCCACACAGGGCGAGCCGGUGCCAGCGAAGCUGCCACCAGAAUUGAUACCACCGACCUUUAGACGCGAUUCAGUCUCAUCACAAACCAGUAUUAAAUCAUACGAAGAGAGAAGGAAGGAGAAUCUAGCGAGAGGUCAAGCUGAGUUGGAGAGGAGACGGUCGCAAUUGGCUGACGCGCAGAUGAAGGAGAAGGCGGAGAGGGAGCGCAAAGAGAGAGAAGAAGCAGAGAAGAAAGAGAAGUUGCGUCUGGAAGCACAGAAGAAAGAACAAGAGGAACUGUUGAGGAAACAGAAGGAAGAGCAAGAAAAACGAGAAGCCGCCAGGAAGGAGAUGGAGAGGCAGUGUCAGCUCGAGUGGGAAAUGAAACGAACCCGUGAACUUGAAGCGCUCCGCACGGAAGAGCAAUCUAAAGUACUGAGUCUCAAGUCCAGGUCUCAAGUACUUUCAGCAGAAUUGAAUUCCGUGACCCUCAGGAGUGGGAACCUGGCCAAGGACAUCAGAGACACCAGAACCGCCGUGGCCAGCGCGAAAUGCACCAUAGAUUCCAUGAGAUCAGAUCGCGACGCGUCUAUGGCUGAAAUGCAACAGCUCAAGGCGCGAGUCAAGGAACUGAACGCAAAACAGAUAGCGCUCAACAAGGAGAAGGCGGAGCUGGAUACAAAGAUCAAAGUGUCGGAUGGAGCCGACGACGGUAAUCUGAACAUGAUGGAGGCUAAUUUGAAACAACUGAGAGAUAAAGUGGACGCAGCCAAAGCUCUGGUCGAAUCUAAGAAGAACGACCUGGAAGCGAACCAGUCGCAGCUGAGCGAGCUGUCGGAGAAGGUGACGUCACUGGUGGACAAGUGCGAGUCGGUCUGGAAGCUGUACGAGACGAAGAGAGACGAGUACAUGAGCAGGAGCACUGCGCCCGCUGACUCCGCCUGGGGGAGUGAGGCUGACUGGGGCACAACCAACGAGGCGUGGGCGGAGCCGGCUACUAACGAGGCCUGGGGCGACGCUCCCGCUACCAACGCUGCGGAGGUGGUACCAUCUUCCACCACACCCGCCAGGUGGCGCUGCGUGUACGAGUUCACCGCGCGGACUGCGGACGAGCUCAGCCUACAGCCGGGAGACAUGGUGAGUGAGGCGGUGGCUCCGAGAGGGGACGCCGAGCCCGGGUGGCGCUGGGGGACUGCCCGGGGUCAGUCCGGCUGGUUCCCGGAGUCGUACGUGGAGGAUAUAAACGCUAUACAGGCGUACGCUGAGGUCAUUGAACCGCUGGAGACCAAGACGCAGCUCGAGGGUAUAGCCGAGGUCCCGGAAGCUGAGAUAUCAAAUGACCUGGGCGGAGCCGUGCCUGAUGUGGAGGGCGGCGACUUCUACAUAGCGGCGUAUCCUUACAACUCCACUGAACCCGGCGACCUGGUCUUCGAGGCUGGAGAGAGGAUAGAGGUCAUAAGGCGGGACGGGGACUGGUGGACCGGCAGGGUCGGGAUACGUACCGGGAUUUUCCCGUCGAACUACGUAACCAAGGACACAACGACCGGAAGUGACGUCAUGUCCAGUAUACCGGAAGCGAGGGAGCCGGAACCCGCUAGAGAGCUGCAAACGGUGUCCGAAGCCGUGCCGGAGAUCCAAGCGGAGCCCAAGGAGGCGCCCGUCGACUACAUACAGGAACAGAAGUCGUCCACGCCGAUAUCCUCGGAGGUGGCCUCUAUAACUGAGGCGGCGGGGGCGGGGGGAGCUGGGGGCGCGCGGCCCGCCUCCGCCGCCCGCAGGGACUCCGGCCGGGACUCCGCCACCAGGAGGAAGCACGAGGUGGCGCAGGCCCUCGCCAACUACACCGCCACAAGUUCGGAGCAGCUGUCGCUGGUGAAGGGUCAGCUGCUGGUGGUGAGGAAGAAGGCGGACAGCGGCUGGUGGGAGGGAGAGCUGCAAGCCAAGGGGCGGGCCAGGCAGAGCGGCUGGUUCCCCGCCACGUAUGUUAAGGUCCUGCAGUCCUCGGGACGCACUUCCGGUCGCACGACGCCCGUGAUGUCCAAGAUGGACGCCGUGCCGGCGGAAACUGUCAUAGAUAAAGUGAUCGCUCUGUACCCUUACACGGCUCAGAACGCGGACGAGCUCAGCUUCGACAAGGACGACAUCAUAGCGGUCACCGACAGGUCGCAGGACCCCGCCUGGUGGCAAGGUGAACUGCGCGGGAUGACUGGCCUCUUCCCAAGCAACUACGUCACCAAACUGGUUAACUGAACUAGUUUAGAGAUACCUUCGACAGAGGGCGCUUAACCAAAAUAUAUAACAAUAUUGUGUCUUAAGUAGUUCCCUAUAUUAGUGUUGAACUUCUACUAAUCAACAAUAGAUGGCGCUUUUGAUGAAUUUGCUUCAACGACUAAUAAAGGCUUAUAAUAACUAUUAAUUCUACCGAUAGAUGUCACCUGAAACAAACUUAUUUUUAAAUGCUUAGAUCGUUUCUUAUAAAUUUUAUUGACAUUCCAAAAUCACAGAUGGCGUUGAAGUGUUUUAUUCGGUUAAGAUAUUCAAUGUUUUAAUAAAUUUCGACUUCUAGUAUUGUUUGUGUUUGUAUUUAUUUUAUAUUAUAAUGUUUGUUCUCGGUUUUAGUACAAAUGUUGAGAUGUUGAACCUGUCACGUACUGUAGAUGUAUUAAAUGUUCAAAUCGC